CUAUAAACCAUGCUAUAGUGUAUAAAAAAAAAAAAAAAAAAAAAAAAAAAAUUAAAAAAAUAAAAUUAUUCAAGAUUAUAGAAAGAUGUUUCUUUUCUAAUAUUUUUCUCUUUUUGUUCUAAUUGUUUAACAAACGAUAGGAAAUUGGCUAUCUGAAUAAUGAAUGUAGCAUGUGUAAAUAAAUAUGUGAUGUUUAUACCUUUUAUAACAUUAUCUUACGAGACAUCUAUUUGUAUAUAAUACCGUAAAUAAUUUCCACAUAAUAUUCAUACCGUUACAUAAUAUUCAUGUUACUUGAAAAGUAUUAAGUUCUUCAAACAUAAUUACAUCUCUUUUGAAUCAUAUUUAAAUUUCGCGCCACAAUUACGUCAAAGCGAGCAUGAAGAUACAGCAAAGUUAAGGCUGUUCAUCAUCUCUGCUUUUGCAAAUAGUUUACGUGAACAAUGAGAACAGGCGUAAUUUUUGGUUGAUAAUAUAAAUUUCAAUGACGAAUUACUCUGCAUACUCAUACAUGAACAAAUUAUUCCGUGCAAUUAUAUUUUCAUCUAACAAUUCGGUCAUUGUGAUUGACAAUUAAAUACUUUAAUUCAUAAACAAUCACAGAAAAGUGAUAUUCACAUUAUUUUUAUAUAUUAUUUUAUACUUGCAUCAUAUUGCAGUGCCGUAAUAAUUAAAGGUACUUUGUCGUUUGUUGUAUUAUAGGUUUUAGAACCACAUGGUCUUUCAACAUAUCGAUGUGUAAUAAUAGUACGAAUGCGGCUUUUGUCAUAUAGCUUACAAUUCGCAAAUAAGAUCGUGAAAGGACAGAAUUAUACACGUGUUUGUUACAACAAAUUACCUAUUAGAAACUUUACAUUUACCAAAAGAUUAACCAAUUUCUGUAAUUGGGGUUCUAAUAAAAAACAUAGAAAAGUAAAAUUACAAAUUCCAGCAAAUAUGACAGAUCCAAAAGUCGAAGAAGUUCUAGCACCGCUUCGUGCAAGUGUCAAGGAACAGGGUGAUCUUGUACGUAAAUUAAAAGCCGAUGGAGCACCAGAAUUAGAUGUUAAAAAAGCAGUGGCAGAACUCAAACUUCGUAAGAAGUUAUUAGAAGAUAAAGAAAUGUUACUUAUGUCCGAUAUUAUAACGUUUGAUAGAUCAAGAAUGGAGGAUUUAUUAAAACGUAGAUUUUAUUUAGAUCAGUCUUUUGCAAUUUAUGGUGGGGUUACUGGACAAUUUGAUUUUGGUCCUAUGGGCUGUGCCAUGAAGACAAAUUUAAUAAAUGCAUGGAGGAAAUUUUUUGUAUUAGAAGAACAGAUGUUAGAAGUAGAUUGUUCUAUUUUAACACCUGAACCGGUAUUGAAAGCAUCGGGACAUGUUGAAAGAUUUGCAGAUCUUAUGGUAAAAGAUGUAAAAACUGGCGAAUGUUUUAGAUUGGAUCAUUUAAUUAAAGCUCAUUUAGAGAAAGUAGCUAGUGACAAGAAGACCGAUGAGAAUACACGUGCAGAAUGUAGAGAUAUUAUAAUUAAAUUAGAUGGAAUGACUAAAGAUGAAAUGGCUGAAAUAAUGAAUAAAUACAAUAUGAAAUCUCCUAUUUCUAACAAUGACUUAACUGAACCAAUUGAAUUUAACUUAAUGUUUGGGACUCAAAUUGGUCCUUCAGGAUUAGUAAAAGGUUAUUUAAGGCCUGAAACUGCUCAAGGGAUUUUUGUGAAUUUUAAAAGAUUAUUUGCAUUUAAUCAAGAAAAAUUACCAUUUGCUGCUGCACAAAUUGGGAAUGCUUUUAGAAAUGAGAUAUCGCCAAGAUCAGGUCUUAUCAGAGUCAGAGAAUUUACCAUGGCAGAAAUUGAACACUUUUGUGAUCCUAUUGAUAAGAGACAUCCUAAAUUUGAAACAGUUAAAGAUAUAAGUAUGUUAUUAUAUUCAGCAUGUAAUCAGAUGGAUGGGAAAAGCGCACAAUCUAUUACUAUAGGAGAAGCAGUGUCUAGUGGUCUUGUAGCAAAUGAAACAUUAGGAUAUUUUAUGGCUAGGAUUUACUUGUUUUUAUUAAAGGUUGGUAUUGAUGAAAAAAGAUUACGUUUCCGACAACACAUGGGCAAUGAAAUGGCUCAUUAUGCUUGUGAUUGCUGGGACGCAGAAUGUCUCACAUCUUAUGGGUGGAUAGAAUGUGUAGGUUGUGCUGAUCGAUCAGCAUAUGAUCUUACACAGCAUACUAAAGCUACAGGAGUUAAAUUAGUAGCAGAAAAGAAGUUACCAUCUCCAAAAACUGUAGAUGUUUGUGAAGUGGUACCUAAUAAAGUUCUUAUUGGUAAAACAUUUAAAAAAGAUAGUAAAACUGUCCAAGAUGCAUUGGCUAAUUUAAAAAUAAAUAAUAUUGAAAGUUUAGAAAAAGAUAUUAAUAAUAAAGGUGAUAGUGAAUUGAAACUUUCUAAUGAUUCCUCUGUAAAAAUUACAAAAGAUAUGAUAGAAGUAAAAAGAUAUCAAAAGACUGUUCAUGUUGAAGAAAUUGUGCCUUCAGUAAUAGAACCAUCUUUUGGUAUUGGCCGUAUCAUGUACGCUCUCUUCGAACAUAAUUUUAGAGCAAGAGAAGAAGAUGAAAAACGAACGUAUUUCAGUUUACCACCAAUUAUUGCACCAUUAAAGUGUUCAGUAUUACCUUUGAGUGGACAUGAUGACUUUGUACCAUUUGUGAAGGAAUUGUCUCAAAAUCUUACUAAAGCUGAUGUAUCACAUAAGGUGGAUGAUUCUUCUGGCAGUAUUGGUCGUAGAUACGCUCGCACAGAUGAGAUUGCAAUACCAUUUGGUAUAACUGUAGAUUUUGAUACUUUAAAAGAACCGCACAGUGCUACUCUUAGAGAAAGAGAUAGUACUGGGCAAGUUAGAAUAAUGUUGGAUGAACUUCCUAAUAUAAUUAGGGAUCUUUCAAAUGGAAAGAUUACUUGGGCAGAAGUCGAAGCAAAAUACCCUAAAUUUGAACAACAAGAAUCUACUACUGAAUAAAUACAAUGAGAACGCUCUAAAUAAUAAUUUAUUUGCAAAUUAUAUUUAAUUGUUCAAACAAUUGUGUUAUAAGAUCUGAAAAAAUCUAAGAUCUUGUACAUAUUGAAUCUAAACUAUGAAUAUCUGCAUUUUCAUACAAGUUUUAUUUGAAGAUAUUUAAAGAUAGCAUUUACUUUUAUAAUGUUUUCGAGAAAUCACAAUAUUAAUAAUAAAUAAUUAUAUCUGCAAAUUUAUA